AUGGGAUUCAAUUUAUUCCGCUCAAAAAGAGCGUACAACUGGUUCAUCUCCCUCGUCGCAGCAGCAUGCAUGGUCCUAUAUGGCUACGAUGCAUCCGUCUAUAACUCUGUCCAAGGCUCGAAGAACUGGGUUGCCUACUUCAAUAACCCGGGAGAGAACAUGAUCGGAGGUGUGAACACGGCCUAUACUGUGGGUGCAAUCGUUGGCGGUUUCUUCUUGGGCGGCCCCAUUGCCGACUUCCUGGGUCGCAAAAUCGGAAUGGCAACCGGGUGUGUCUUGGUCAUUGCGGCCACAUUCAUGCAGUGCUGGGCGCCUCGGGGUGACAUUGCAUGUUUCCUUGCUGGGAGAUGCAUCAUUGGUAUUGGCCAGGGUAUUGCACUGACUGCGGGUCCCAUCUACAUCGGUGAACUAGCACCCCCCGAGAUCCGCGGAAAGAUCAUGACCAUGUGGCAAAUGUUCUACUCUGUGGGUUCCUUUAUCUGCUUCUGGGUGAAUUAUGGAUGCACGGAACACUCAAAGCACCUGGGAGAAUGGGACUGGAAGUUAGUUGUCAUCUUCCAGCUCCUGGUCCCGGUGAUCAUUCUCGCUAUCUUGCCUACUAUCCCCGGCUCGCCCAGAUGGUACAUCCAACGCGGCAAUAACGUCGAAAAGGCCCGCGCGGCUCUCCACAGAGUCCGAGAGACCGAUGAUGAGGUUGAAGACGAGCUACUCCGAAUCCGCGAGGCCAUCGAGUAUGAGAAGGAAGCCAUCUCCGGCAGUUACGCCGCUGUCUGGAAGGACAAGUCCCUCCGCAAGCGCAUGGCCUUGGCUCUGGUCAUCAACGCCGGCCAGCAAGUCAGUGGACAGGGUACACUGAACACCUACUCCACGAAGAUCUACGAGAAGGUUUUCAAAAGCGCCAGUCAAAUCGCACUCAUCAAUGCUCUCAACGCCACAUUUGGUAUUCUCUUCACUCUGAAUGCCGUCUGGAUCAUCGAUCGCUUCGGACGCAAGUUCCUUCUCAUUGUCGGUGGCAUCGGCAUGGGCAUCUGCAUGAUCAUCGUUGCAGCUGUAGAGACCGAAACACCCUCACCAGGGGGAGCAAAGACCGAACCCGUCGGCAUAUCAAUCGUAUUUUUAUUCUUCCUCUUCAUCUUCUUCUACAAACCCUCCUGGGGCGCCACCAUCUGGAUUUGGACCUCGGAAGUUUUCUCAAUGAACGUCCGCGCCCAGGCAGUGGGAAUGGCCUCCCAGACCCAAAACGUCGCCAACGCCAUCGUCCAACAAUUCUUCCCCACCUUCAUCAACAACUGCGGCUUUUAUGCCUUUUACAUGUUCGCGGGCAUUUGCUUCCUUCUCGCCCUGUUCGUGUACUUCUUCAUCCCUGAGACUAAGCAAGUGCCGCUCGAGGAGAUCGAUGCUCUCUUCGGUGGUGCGAAUCACGUCACGCAGGGUGAGGAUCUCAUUUCUUCUGAGAAGCAAAUGCACAUGAUGCAGCAGGAUUCGGGGAUUGAGAAGCCGAAUGCGGUUACUGUUGAGGAUGCACGGCGUUGA